UUUGAGAGCUGACAGCUGUCAACUCGCUUUUCCUUUCUUUCCGGUCUCUGCUACAUAGAAGACGCAAACAUGUUCAUGCCAAAGGCUCAUCGUGUCGCCAUUUACGAGUACCUCUUCAAGGAGGGCGUCAUUGUGGCCAAAAAGGAUUUCCAUGCACAGAAGCAUCCCGAAUUGGACUCCAUUCCCAAUCUGCAUGUGAUUAAGGCACUGCAAUCUCUGCAUUCGCGUGGUUUGGUCAAGGAGCAGUUUGCCUGGCGUCAUUAUUACUGGUAUCUGACCAACGAGGGCAUUGAGGAGCUGCGCAGCUAUCUGCAUCUGCCCCCCGAGAUUGUGCCCUCCACCCUGAAGCGCCCGGCACGCUCCGAGCCACUGCGUCCCCGUCCCGCUGCUGGUGGACCACGCGGACCCGCCGAUGCCUCCAAGACCGGCGAGGAUCGUUCCGCCUACAGACGCGCUCCUGGCGGCAGCGGCGUGGACAAGAAGGGCGAUGUUGGACCCGGCGCCGGUGAGGUCGAAUUCCGUGGCGGAUUUGGACGUGGUUCCCGCAACUAGAUGGCGUUUUUUUUUUACUCUU